AUGAGACGCGCCGCCGCCGCCGCCGCCGCCGUCCCUGUGGCCGCUGCUGCCGCGCUCGCGGCCAACCUCAGCCACUCCACGUCGUACGACUCGCUCGUCGCCCGCACCAACGCCCGGCUGCCCGUGGCAGCCCCGCCGGCUGAUCGCGACGCGGAGCUCUUGUCGGCGCGGCUUGCGUCGCCGGGCGUCGCCAUCGUGCGCGGUGUCAGCGCUGCUGAGACGGCGCGGGACGCUAUCGCGGCGCUGGACCCGGAGGGGCCUCUGAGGCUAUACUUGCAGCGGGAUGAGCCGCUCGGCGCUGCAUUGGCACCGCCGGGCCGACUCGCGGCAGAGUUUGCUCGCCGCUUCCAGACGCCGGUGCCGCAGGUCUGCCUCUCUGGUCCCCGCCGCCUCGUCCUGUGCCUCUUCCAGCCGCACCUCGAGGAGGAGGCGACCCGCCGCUGGGUCUGCGAGGAGGCGCUGCCGCUCGGCGCGACAAUCUGUGUGGUGGCGGACGGCACGCUCUUCGCGGCCGAGUUUUGCGAGGAGCUGCUGCGGAGCGGCGGCGAGGACCCUGGCCGCGUCACUCACCACUCGGUCUCGCUGCCGGCCAGUGACGCCGCCGCCGCCGCUCUGCUCGCCCGCUGCGGCGCUCCCGAGUGGUUGGCUUCCCUCGCCGCUUGGGUGCGAAGGCACACGGGGUGCCACCCGGCCGACCUCGCCUCCCUCUUCGCGGCGCUUGACGGGGCCGGCGGCGGCGGCGGCGAUGGCUGGAGAGGUGGCGAGGAGGCUGCCAGUGACGGUGACUGCGGCGGGGAUCGAGAGGAGGAGGGCGAGGCGGCGGCCAGUGGCGCUGAGCCAGGCAGUCUCGGUGCGGCGCAGGAGGAGCGAGCGGCGGCGAUCGCGCAGGAGGAGCGAGCGGCGGCGAUCGCGCAGGAGGAGCGAGCGGCGGCGAUCGCGCAGGAGGAGCGAGCGGCGGCGAUCGCGCAGGAGGAGCGAGCGGCGGCGAUCGAGGUCCUCGAUGCCGCACGGCAAGGCCUCGUCGCCACGCGACUCGAGCGGCUCAAGGAGGUGCUCGCGAUGGCCGAGGACGGCGAGGGCGGCGAGGGCGGCGGUGGCGGCGGCGGCGGCGGCGGCGGCGGCGAGGCGGACUGGCUGUGGAUGCUGCUCGGCGAGAUGAGCGGCGUUGCCGUGGCGGCGCGGCGGGCGCCGCUGGGCGACCUCCUCCAGCAGCUCUCGGAGGAGGAGGUGGGGCAGCUCGACGGGGCUCUCAAGAAGCGGGUGCUGCACCUCGACUUUGUCCGCUCCGCCGCCGCCGAUGCCGCCGACGCCGACCCCGCCGACGCGGAUGGCGGCGUGCAGAGCGAUGUCGUGGCGUCGCCUCUGACGGUCGCCGCCUUUGACGCCCUCCGCGCUGACCCAAGCCUCGCCAGUGCGGUGGAGAGGCGGCGGGCGCGGCGCGAGAGGGCGGAGGACCUGCGCUUCUACGCUGCCGACGCGGCGGAGCUCGACGCGGCGGUGGCGGACUACGCGUUGUGGGAGCAGCGCUGGGCCGUGGCGGUGCUGCGGGCAUCCGAACCAGCAACGGAGGGGGAUUCCGCCGCUCCCGAGCCGCUGCCGCCGCGCCGCUACUUUGGCCUGUUCGGCCCUCGAAAGCCGUGGCGCUCCCGCGGCGCCCCAAAGGCAGAGGGCGGGGAGAGGGAUGAUCGCGGGGACAGGACGGAGGGCGACGAGCGCGGCGAGGAGGGCGGGGCGGGUCGUGCGCAGCUGGUGGCGGCCGAGCGCGAGGCCUCGAGCGCUGCGGGCCGCGUCGCGGUGCUCGCGCUGGAGCGGACCAAGCGGCGUCGCACCCUCAGCAUGCACUGCAGCGCGCUGCUGCGGCGAGCGGCGGCGCUGGGCGUCUCGCCUGGGCUGCCGGAGGGGCACCUGUGCUUUGAGCUCUCGGAGGCGUACUGA